AUGGACAGUUAUCAAGAGGACUACGGCUUCAUGUUAAAUCGAUCUCCCAGUUCCCCGAAUGCAGUUGCUGUGCCCGUACCAACACCAGGUUCGUCAAUCGAUUCCCACAGUUUCCCACUAUGGCAGUGGGUUUUUUCAGCUUCAUGUAACUUUCGAUAAUGUAAGAUCUUAGCCGUCCUUAGGAGAAGCCUGACACAUUUUAUGUGAACCAGGUCUCAUUUGGCAAGCCCGUGACCGUCUCUCGUCUUCCUGACACUCUCUUGCCACCGCAGCCAGAUGGAUGAGGAAGCAGAGAGUGUGGUUGAUGCUGUAUAAAUCCGCUUCAUGAUAACCUAAUUCAGACGCAAGUACCCGAGCUGCUCUCAGUUCACCAGGCAGCAGUAGACAUCAUCGUUGCAAUGGUCAAAUUGUUUUUUUGGCGCCUGAUAGUUGUCCGCAUUUAUCUUUCAGACCGAACUCUGAGACGUUUUAAGUGGCUAAAGGCCUCAGAGAAGUUCUUAGAGUAAAAAUGUGCACAUCCGUGGUAAGACAAUCUGCAGACAAUCCAACCACGCAGGAAUCGCACAAAUAUGCACCAUUUUUCAUUGGCAUUACGUUUAGCUAAAUUGCCUGGUGAUUACCACACAAAUAAUCAAAACUGGUACUGAUCAAGUACUCCAGGAGUUAGGAUCAUGCCAUUAUAGUACGAAAUAUGGACAUUACAAAUGACUGCGUGUUACAGAGGACACCAAAGGUGCAGAGCCAGGACGUACAGCGAAAGCCGACCGUGGCAUCUUAGCUCGGACAGCCAAUUAGCGUGCGUCUCAGUAUUGAACACGCGCGAUAUCUUUCCUCAUGCAUGCGGCCGAUCGAACAUUCGAUAAUUUUCCGAAAGGUAUUCUCGCGCACGAGUCGGCCAAUCAACAAUUACCAGGCGACAGGUCGGAAAUUUCUGAAACGCUUAUCUCGAGUUGGCACGCGAUAGGACGGAAUAUUUCAGAACGUUCAGGGGGCCAUGUAAAAAUGUGAGUUUGAAUAAGCGGAAGAACUCCUCGAGUUCAAAAGCUUUCAGUAAAGUGCACGUUUUCCGAACGGAUUCUCUUUCGAUCUCGCCUUUCUGCCGUGUCAUAACACUGCGAGAUCUGUUACUUUCAGUGAAUGCUUGGAUGCGUAGACACUGUAUUUUACAAAUACUUCACUCAUGGAUGCUCCCUGCCACUGUCUCCGAAAGCGGAUUUGAAUUCAAAUCAGAAACGCUUAACGUACUAAAUUCCUACUUUAUCGUUUGGGCCUCCGUCUUCCCGAAUGUCUUCUGUCUCGUUUAUUUUGUCAGUAAUCUGUCAGUCGGCACCUUAUAUCAAUGGAAUCAGUUGUAUGCGCCAUCUUAUGGGGACCUGUUUAAACAGCAGGUCUAAAAAUUUGUUUGAUUCGUUUUGACUACGAGUCGUAAAUGCCAGAAAUUGCAACUUAAUGAUUGCUCACACCAUACUAAAGCCAUCUUUUGUAUGCGAAUGGCUAUUAAAUAAUUUUUCGCGAGGAUACGUUAGUUUCAGUUGGGCAAUGGAAAAUCUUUUUAUGUCCCAACUUUCUCUUUUUCAGCAUUUCUACUGUUUCAAUGAAAAAAUAAAGUCCGGUAUGGACAGAGAGCAUGAUAUCAGAAAUCCUGCGUCCUCGCUGGUCUCCGCACACAUGCGACUAAGUGUGUGUCAUGUCGGAUUCCGCAUUGUAAACGGGUAAAUCGAAGACCAAAGUGAGGAGCUAUUGCGGCUACCGCCUAGUCGGGAGAGCGAGUGAAUGGUCCAAUGAGUGGACAUUCCCCCAAGCAACGGGUUUUGGCGCCUCUGGAUGAUUUAAAUUAUUCUGAAUUCGGGAUGGAAAAACGUCAUUUCUUUUUUUUCCCCCUAAUACCGCUGGCAUGUCUUUGUGACGUCAACCAACUAUAAGAUUGUUCGCGGUGACUGAAGUUGCGCCUAACACGUAACCACCAGCCUGUGUGGCCAUACCUGGUUCCAACGUAAUAACAUCGCCUGUUUGUGGAAUCAUUUGCUUCAACCAAAUACAAAAUCGAAAACGGAGAAGUUAUACGUUUUUGGGCGAUGUCGGCAUCUUCUUUGCCUUUCUAUUCGUUCAUGUUCCUUUGGUCCAGAAAAUGACAGGAACUAAUGCUCGGCUACUUUUCGGAAAACUCAAAGCAAGAAACGUAGAAACGACUGACGCUAUCGAGUGUUUCUGUUUUUAAAUCUAAAAGGGCGCCAUUUUUAAACGAACAUGUUGCCAGGAAUUAAAAUUAUUCCUGAAUGAAUAAUUAGUGAAGAAAACUACUCUUCCUAACACGGUUCUGGGUCUCAUCUGGAUGAUUCUGUCCACCAAAUUCUUUGUAUUUGGCUGUAGGAGUGACCGGAGGUUGGUUAUUGUCAAUCUGUUUUUGGAAAGUGUAAGAUAGGGGAGACACAACUAAGAUUCUCAGUUUUAUUUUGCCGACUACGCAUCAUUGUUUGACUUUGCUCUACCUUGGUAUUAAGGUAUCCUUCAUCCGGUUGGUCUUGUAAUCUCCUGAUUUUUUUAAUUGGACGCAAACACAAAAGACCAUUUAAUCACUUCGCGUCGUCAGCCAUGCUAGACGACGCUGCUCGAGACGUAGCGGAACCCUCACAGUUACGUAUUUGUCUGUUCUGAAAGACAUUGGAUUCCCAGCGAAUCACUAGCCCAUCACAAGGCAAAGAAGGGGCCUAUAUGGGCCGAAUGUGCCCUCACAGCCCACAUAAGAAUGAAGUGAAGAAAUAUGCAUGUCGUGGUUAGCGAGAGCCACGCUGAAACAGUUGUUAGGCGCCAUCGCGUAAGCCAAAGGCCAGUCACCCCCUGCGGCAGGACAGAAACGCGAGAACGGCUCGCCAUUUCGCUGUAUCAUUUCAUGUUCCUGGGUGGAAAAGGUGAAAAUUUAUGAUGACAUUGUUCACAUUAACUUUUCGUUUGCCAUUCAGAGCCUGAAAGUACAGUCCUCCUUUUCUCCGUUUCAGACAGGUAUUCGGCGUGGAUAGACAAUGCAGACUUACGAGGAAGUCAACCCCGGUACCAAAUUCAAUUUUUGUGAUAUUUACAAUCCACACGGUUGUCCUACUACGAACAUAGGAUAGGAAUCGGAGGGCGCACUUUAGACAGAGCCUAUUUUAGUCGCGUCUAGACCGCCUUAAUACAUACCGCGGAAUAGAGUAGAGUGUCCACGCGGAAAAUGCAGUUAAGGUUCUACGGACAAACACCUUUGACAGGAGACAAGUAGAGAUACAUAAAACCAUUUAAAAAACCACGUACUCUCCUUGGUCCGAGUCAGGAUUCAGAACAGAUUUCCGAGAAGUAAGUAACACGGUUUUCAAAUCACGAUAAAAUUGUAACGGAGCAUUAAACUUUUUUCUAAAAUUGCACUGUCUCUGUGCAAUUGCGUAAAUGUGUUCAGAGUUGUUCCCACUCGAAAAAGCAAGUAUGAAAUAAGUACAGGCGGAUUCGAAUUGUCCUUGUUUUAAUGGACAAACCAGAAAACUAUACCUAACAUCGGAAACUGGAGCAUGGACUAGAAAACUCAUGCAGAACGCCGAGGUAUCCAGUAACUGACCAAACCUCUCGUGGCAAAAUCAAAGAUCAACGAAACACGCAUCCGAACUUUUAGCUAUUGCCCAUGCUGAGAGCAUGGAGGAGGAAUCAUAGCAAAUAACACUUAUUAGAAGGCCAAAGGUAAAAGCAAACGUCUCAAAGAGCUGCAGACGAAAUGCCUUCUUCUGACAACUGACAGAUGUUUUACGUCAUCCUAGAUAAAAAUAGGAAUUUCAGUCGAUUUUUAUGUGAAUGUUAUGAGUAACUGUUGGUGCUCGGCACUCUGUAAUAAAUCUAAAAGAAAACAAAAAACUGAGCUGAUUCCUUAAGACAAGAAAGGUCCGAAUUAAAUUACGAAACGCUUGAAUGAUCCCGAAAAUGUCCCAAAUUACAUCUUUUGCAAAGCUACUUUGUUUUGUCCGUUAUUGGAGCAAAAUAAGUAGGUGUAUUCACCUGAACCUACUUUUAUUCAUUACUUCACUGAGCAUUUUCUUCCACAGUUUGGAAAUUCUUCGUCUGUACCAAACUGAUCUCUGAAAUUUGUCUCAUGCAAGUGGGUUAGUUUGCGCCGGAAGAGCAGCUUUUUCCAACAGUUGUAAGAGUAAGAGUUGUAAGAGUAAGUAAGACAGUUGGUAGGUAAGGUAGUACUCUUUAUUUUAAGCCAACUCACUUUUUGUGAACCCCACAUGGCGGAAGUCCGAUUUGAUUAUUUGUGCUUAUGGUUUGCUUCUAUGUGAGUAAAUCCAUUCUAUUUCUGGCUGACUGAAGUUCUAAUUUACUCUUUUUUCGAAAGGACCUGCUAAAAAUUUCUAUGUCAACCACAAUUCAUUCCAGAAUAUGAGUGACUGUAAACAAUGGUCAAAAACGGCGUUUAUCUUGUAACAAUAAUUACGACUACUUGUGAUAAAACGUCCAUGGCAUAUUUGGACGGCACACAGCAUUUAGAAACGUUAAUAGGCAAGUUACGUAAACUGCACUCAGAGGACAAGUUCGUUGAGAUACCAAGCAGGGUUUCAGCCUACUUAGAAAACGCCGCCGAAAUUCUAAUUUAUGGGUUGAAUUAGCAACUUAAUUUUUUUUCAACUAUUUUACAUAUAACAAUAUUGGGAAGCAGGCACUUUAGGAAAUAUAAUUUAAGGGCAUAUGGAUCCUUUGGGAAGAGUAGAAGACUCCAUUAGAUAAAUUUUCGACUCUGGUUCCCCGCAUAGCCGUCAGACUAGACGAAAUGUACCAAAGCCAAAUAGCGAUUCAAAGGUGGUCAAAAAUCAAUACUUAUUCGGCACUUAUGCCAAUAAGCGGCCGAUGUGUGCGUCAGUCGCCAUUGAUUGGUUCUCGUAUCUUCCAUUUUCCCCUGAAAUUUUUACAGACACAUCCAACCUAAUUGGCUAUUGAUGCAUGACUCAUCGGUGUGCAUGACAUGAAGAAACUCUCGGCUUUAUUUAGAGUGGCAGGCCUCGACGAUGCGAGUUUUUCCCAGGAGGAGAUACACCUGGUAUAAAGGGUGUGCAUGGCCAUUUGACACAGAUAAUCUCGCCUCUUAACUGCCAAUUAAUGUUUGUGGAUUCGUGUAGAGGCGGAUUCUUCAUUUGGCCAUAAUAUAUGACAUCACAGGCAUUGCGUGAGAUCUUGUGGACUGCUUUCUUCAUAUGGAUAUAGCCAACAAAUCCCUGGGUUUUACAAGCUGAGUGCGUGCAGUUGUCUUUGGUUUUUGCGCCACGUUUAUGUAGUGUUUCCUCAAAUGUCUUUGACAAACCCAAGCACAUUCCUGGUAUGAGGAAGAAUUUGCCAAGUAUUUGCUUUGGGCGUUUGAUUGGAGCAAUUUAUUUUUUGCUUCUAACUAUUGUUAUCUCAUGCUUCGAGGUACGAAAUCUUAAACGCCACCAUUUCGGGAAAAUAAUGCAAGCGGGAAAUUUAGUUCAACCCAAUUAUAUAUAUAUAUAAUUAUAUACAUGAAAACUUACCUAGGGCUAUGAUGCCUAAUUGUAUUCGGAGUUCAAAUCAGAAGUUGGCCUGGGAGCCCCGAGAAUUUAUCGGUUCUUAAGUUUAGUCUAUUCACAACACGUCCAUUUUCACCUAACCAAGUUAUGACUGCCAGAAAAUAUUUUACAAAAUGUAACGCGAUGCAAUAAAUCACUCUGCUAUGCCACGUACUUCGAGCAGCGGAGUGAAUUUUAUGCAGUGGUUACGCAUUUUGCCCAUGUUUUGAUGUUUCAAACGCCCAAAAAUCAGGACAUUUAUGACAGUUUUAUGGGUUUUUUAAAAUAAAUGAGUUUUCUUGCACAUAACAAGUUCGUUUCCCGUCUGUGAUUUUUAAUAAACAUCUGUUGCGCACUUUGUAACUGGCAUACGAUGCGCCCUUAUAGGCGCAGUUCCUAUGGAGCACCACCUGCGGUCGGUGCGAAAUUCGAGACAUUUGCCCACACGGAGACUUUAGAGGAUAGAAAUGUUUUGAAGCUUUUUACAGGUCCAUAAAUUAUUUUGGACUCCGGAUGUCUUAAGACGCCUAGCGCGCCGCAGCGUCUGACAGUGAACAUUUUCUCAUCAAAAGAUGGGGUACUUUGGCUAAGUGACUUCCUACUGGCCCAGGCAUAGGAAUCCUCAGCGAACUUAAAUGUCCACAAAUCAGGCCGUCUGUAGGCAGUUUAUGAAUAUUACGUGGUUAUUCUGCUGUAGCUGAUGCAUUUCGGCUGUAAUAUUCUUAUCAACCCUCGAAAUGAGCCUAUGAAACUGUAUUUCGACUGAUUCGCACGGGCAUAGCAGUUGAUUUUCGAGACGAUCGCUGGACCGAGAAACAAUCAAUUUGCUUCCCAAAUGAACUUCGCCAUUCCGUCCCCAAUGUCUGCGUUUGUGAUGAAAAAUCUCCUAGUGGAUAGUUCUAGUUUUAGCAGAAAACCCAUCUUCCUAAAGGGUUGAAGAAGGGUCUUCUGGCAGAAGGCAAUGACGGAAUCCACCCAGGAUUUCAUGCAACUUAACUUCAACUGCACACAAAUUUCACCACAGCAUAGGAACUACCCGGCGAAUGUAAGUAGCAACAUCGUAAGCGUAAAUUGUGAGGGGGCCUUAUACCCCACUUCGCUAGGUCUGUAUUUAACAGUUUUGUAAAAGUAAAGGAUAUUUCCUCGAAGUGCGUUAUUUGGAUAAUCGAAUUUUAUUUUGAAAAAAUUCAGUUUGGUGAUCUACUGACAUAGUCGCCUAAGUGCACGUUCGCCUCUUCCUCCAUCUUCUUUCUUGCAGAAUUUUCCACCUUAACCUCCUUACUCUCGACUUUACUAUACACAUAUUUCUUAUAAAGCAUGCCCACGAAUAUUCUGUCUUGUACGCAUUUUGUGGUAAAUUAUACCUUAAUAAAGACCGUUGCUCAACAGGAUGUAUCUUUAUUUGAAAAAGUUAGUAGCGAUGGGAUUUCAUAGUAUUCUUCCAAUAACAUAUGUUCCUAUUUAUGACGACAUCGAAAAUCAAUAGAUAUUCAUAUUACCUAGGCCACAAUCUUUUAGCGAGUGUGCUUUUUGCAAGCGAUCAGAAAGAAGCACAUUCAAAAGUUGGUAUUUUAGUAUAACCGAAUUAUUUUGGGAUAAUGUUGUAUGAUAGUCAGUGUUACAAUACUCUUAACUAAUCCUUCUGGUAGGAGUGACUUAUAUGGCCUCCUUAACAGGACAUAAGAACGCAAACCGCCCGCCAUACAAGAGGCUUCGGGCCAAUUUCUAGUGAACUUAGGGUUGGGUUAAGGAUUAGGCUUGGGGUUAAACUUAAAGUUUGCGACCAGAUAAGUCAGGAUCAAGUCCAGAUUUAAGGUGGGGGCUAGUGUUUACUGCAGGGUUAAGGUUAAGGGUAGAGUUAGGGUGAAGAUUAGGGCAGCGGUUUAGUUUUGCACCAGGGUUAUAUUUGGGGUUGGAAUAUUUUUCCUUUGGGCUGGGCUUACUUAUUCCCAUGUCCUGUGUAGGGGGCCAUAUAAGUAAAUUCCGCCAUCUCUUUAAUUGAGAUGGAAUUUCAGUCAACGUUUUAUAGGUCACGUCCCCUACCGUAUGUGGGACGUAAUAUUCUAGUCUCGUCAAGAUGUAUUGUAAUAUUUUUGCUUUAACUUUAAUAAAAUAAUCCAUUGUUACUUUUUAAUUUCCUCAGAAAUUAUCUUCGAAGUUGGAGUAGAUCCGUUUAUACAAGACCUAUAGGCUCAGACCGAGAAUUUUAUGUAUGAAUAUUUCGACCAAAGUCCCUAAACCACAGCAGGUAAUCGCGUAAUAUUCAUUAACAGCCGACAGGCAACUAGUAGUAUACUUAAAGGUAAGAUGAUUCCAUACUAACAGGAAAGGUACUAGCCAAAAGCCCAUACGCGCGUUUUUCACCGAUAUUCUGCCGCCGCAUGGCGCAGCUGCGAGUGGUUCGGCUCGUCAGCGGAUAGGCAGUUCAUGAAUAUUACGCGAUUAUCCGCUGUGGCCGAUGGACUUUGGCCAAAAUAUUCAUGCAUAAAAUUCUCGGCCUGAGCCUACAGACCUUGAAUAAACUGAUCUACUUCGACUUCGUAGAUAAUUUUUGAGGAAAUUGAAGAGCAAAAAUUUCUAGAUUGGAGUAUCUACCAGAAAUCGCACGGGAAUGCCGGGGGGCCCACUGACGAGCCGAACCCCUCGCAGCUGCGCCAUGCAGCGGCAGAAUAUCGGCGAAACACGCGUGUAUGGGCUUUUGGCUAGUACCUUUCCUGUUAGUAUGGCAUCACCUUGCCCUAUAAUAAUCUAUAUAACGCGGCUUCUGCUGAAGAAAAAAGAUGAUUGCUGGGAUGUCGAAGAUCAUGUCUACUCUAGACCCAGGUCUACCAAUGUCUUAUUAAAUUUAACCAGAAUACAAGAUACAGGCCUAACUUGCUCCUGACAUUUUUUCACUAUGACCUCACAUCUUUGUGAAUGAAUGGUGUCCUGAACGCACGGUAGUGAUGAUAUCUCCGUAUGCCACGCGGUUAGUGAAAGAAAAAGGUAUAUAUCACAACCUACCGUCCAUCAAGCGGAUGUGUAGGGGGAAAUAGCUUGAACUUUGCAAUUACUUAGCCUACGCAAAGAGCAUAAAAGUAGCCGUUGCAGGUCUUGCCUGGAAGAAUUGACAUUGCUGAAGAGGAUCGGCAAUUGACAGCGGACCAUCUCUGUCUCAGCUCUUAGAGGGUUUCAGGGCGUUUUCAAUCAAAAAGGCGCCUUAUUGUUAGUCCAACAAAAAUCUACAGAUGUAAAUGAAUGGAAGGUGGAGAAAGGUUUCUACUGCAGGCUAUUUUUUGAAAAAUUUGGCUUCUUUCCUCAAGGAAGGUCCAGUCAUUGAAGAAGGACUAGGAUCUUCGUCUCUGACUUGCCUUCUGUUGAAAAUUAACAAUACCUUGACCCGGUCGGUUUAACUGUCUGAAUUUUGAAUUAGGGCUCUAAAUCAACAGUAGAUAGCUAAGCCAACCGAUGAUCGAGGACGGCGACGUUGUAACGCAGGCUUUUAUUUGGAAAGACACGUUUAAAUCAGGAAUCACCCAAUAUUCAUUGGUCCCAUUGCUUCGACGCGCUAUACUGCGUGGUGGAGUACCGCAUUUUCAACACGACGUCGGGACUGUCGUGGAACUGAUUUGACAGACUUGGAGUAGUAGUCUCUGCUCCCGUCCUGAGUCACGCCUUAACAGUGCAUCUUAUGAGGGAAGACAGCUUUCGUGAAGAAGGAGGCACGAUUGCUAGGACAAGAGCUUAGUUCUCCGAACGUUUCCGAUCCCUGCUUGAACCCAUCACCAGAGGCAAAAAGAAGAUACGAGUGGUUCAUGUGCAAGGGGCUGCAGUAUUUAUAGGGUGCAGUCAUCUCUUCGUUUCUAUUAGAGACAACUGAUUUGACUACUUGACUCCGGAUCGAUGAACCAUGACCCAGGGAGCUAACCACUUCACGAUAUUCGUCAUUUGUGAGAAUUGUGACCUAGUCGAAUCCGACCUGCUACAACUUGAGCUGACACCACUGUUCCUCCUUGCCUGUGUCCACUUGGUCGCCCGUGUCCGGAUUCAUCUUACUAUCUCCUCACGGCAGCUUUAUAUGUUACUCUAAAGUGGUUUUGUGGGGUGUAAUUUCCGAGAUUUGGCUUGAUAAAUGUCGUGUUAUCACGGUUCUCUUUUUAGGCAUCGAAAUAACUUCUCUAAGGCUCCGUUUGGCAGGUGCGGUGUACCAAAGCCAGCAGGUUUAAGUUCCAAUCUGUUUUGUUUAAAUUUUUAGCGUGACGCCCUUCCAACGUCAUCUGGAACGCUUUGAUGUGACUUUUCCUGAAAAAAAGAUAGUGGAUUCACCCCGACUACACAGCCUCUGACCGAGUUUGUUUUCGUUUUCUGAUUGAAAUUUGUUUCCCCUAAGUCAUGCAUCAAGAAACGCUGCUUACAUAUGACCCACCUUCAGAAUGAGAGGGCUUUGCAGAUGGGGUUAUGGGGUAAAAGGGCAGGGCCGAGCGCAUUUUCAAUUUCUUUGUCCAUAUUUGUAGAGAGAGAGAGUGAGAGUACUGUGUUUCGGCGUAGGUUUUAGAAAUUAGCCGUAUGACGCGGAAAUGUUUUUGAACAUCCCGAGUUUUUUGACCUCUCAGGAGAUGGAAUGCUAAACAUGCUUGGAACUUUGCGUAUGUGAAGGACUCAUUUGUUCGAUAGGACUGUAAUCAUGCCUUGGUGGAGUCCCAAAUUGUACCGCUCCGCGACAACCAACCUGGGGAGCUCAAGUCACCAUCUUUUCCAGCACAGGGAAUGGAAUAUCGAAGAUUCAAGAAUUACCCGAAUGUACUGACUAAUUAUUUCGAGCAUGGCUUCGAGUUGACCCAAUCGACUACGCCUAAGAUGGGCAGGGGUGUCCGUUCAGGGACAAUAACAUCGAACUCUUGAGGCAGACAAUGAAGAAAGUGUCCAAACAUCUUCAAUGGCUGUCUGGAUAACCUGAUAUAUGUCAGCAAUGUUAUCUUAGCGAGUGCAAACUGCCUUGUUCAGGACAAAGCCAGUGAUCUCCGCACGAAAGAUCAUUUUUAGGCAGAGGUGUUCAAGGACUUUCAGCCUUUGUCUCUCCUCAGCAUGCGCAGCUCAACAUUCGCAACUGCAUAAGGACGAUCUUACGGAUCUCUGCUACGAACUGAUCUUUGUGGCCCUGAAGAUGUACAGAUGGGUCCGCGAAUUCCCUCUAAAGAUUGCGGAAAGCACCUGGACAGCAAUUAUUUGGAUGAUGAUGAUGAUGAUGAUGAUGAUGAUGAUGAUGAUGAUGAUGAUGAUGAUGAUGAUGAUGAUGAUACCGCUCAGAUUAAACCAGUUUGA